UUAUCAUUUUUCUAAGAUUUUUUUCUAAUAGUUGUCAACAUGAAUCAAAUUAAGUUUUUCGUUAAAAAUAAACAAGAACUACUUUUGUAGGUUAUUUUAAAGAAGAAAUGCAAAAUGUUAUUGAAGACUGUGCGAAACCUGAGAUGUUUGCACCAGAAACGGCUGUGCUCCAAUGUGAGAACGCCGGAAAACCGGAUGCGCGCCUGGCAGAUACAUUCCUAUGGGGAUUUAGGUGAGCUACAGCUCUCGAAAACCCGACUCCCCAUCAUCGCAAGCCCCAAAGAACUUCUUGUAAAAGUAGAGGCGUCCUCUAUAAAUCCAAUAGAUUAUAUGAUGAUCGGAGGGUAUGCAAAGACAGUUGCCAAUUUCUUCAGAAAGUAUGAAUUGGAAUUUCCUUUGAUCUUGGGAAGAGAAUUUUGUGGCACAAUCUUAGAUAAAGGACAAGAUGUCACAGAUCAAUUCAAGGUUGGGGAUCCCAUUUAUGGUGUAGUGAACAUUCACAAACCAGGGAGCCAUGCAGAAACUGUAAUUGCAGAAGAAUCAUUGAUUUGCCAUAAACCAAAGAAUUUGAGUUCAGUGGAAGCAGCUUCAAUAAUGUAUGCAGGUUUGACUGCUUGGUCGGCGCUCUUUAUCACUGGUGAAUUGAGUAUCAGGAAUCCUAAAUUGUCAAGGGUAUUGGUUUUGGGGGCAUCUGGAGGAGUUGGAACUUUGGCUGUACAAAUGUUAAAGUCUCAGGGAUCUACAGUUGUUGCCACAUGCUCAUCAAAUGCCAUCCCCUUGGUGCAAUCACUAGGAGUAGAUCAGACAUUCGAUUAUGCGGACAUCAACUUCACCAAUAACAUAGCGGAACAAGGAUUUUACGACAUUAUUCUGGAUUGCGCCAAAUUCGGUUACGACAAGGUUCCGAGCGAGUGGAGAUACAACAAGUUCAUAACUUUGAAUUCGCCGUUGAUGAACAAUGCGGAUAACUUCGGAUUGCUGGGCGGAUUCGCAGCGAGUGCGAAGGAUUUGCUUUUCGCUAACUUCGCCAAGUGUCCCCAGGGGCAGUCGGUGAGGUGGGGUUUCUUCACACCUUCGCAAAGCGGAAUUCAAUUUAUCGAUAAGCUCGUCAAAAAUGGAAAAAUUAACCCUGUGAUACACAAAGUGUUUAAGUUUGAUGAACUUCCCAAGGCCUAUGAGUGUUUGCAAGAAGGACAUUUGAGAGGGAAGAUUGUUAUAGAUUAUAAUUAGAUUAUUUGUUGAU